ACCAACUCUCGCGAGCAGAUUAGCCAAAGGACCUGUCAUGCACACAAAUUCAGGGGAGUCAAGUCCUUCAGUCCAACAGCUACCGAGUAGUGUCUCAUCUGGUUUGCUCAGUCCGAGUGAGAUAAACAGUGGGCAUGACACGACCAUCACGACCCCUUUGUUACCGAACGGUCGGCCACAGGCGGGAGACAUCUUUGACGACUAUGAGCCCUCACGGCUCGCAUUCACCGGAAACGGCUUUCUGAUUACCGGAAGCCAGAAGAAGAAAGGUGUAAGAAUCUCCCUGGAUACCCAAGGCGAGGUCAGCAUCAUGCGAAGUGUUGUCUUCAAUAAACUCGGCCUACCACUUGAGCCAUGCACGGAGUCCCUGGUGCCCUUCCGCCAAGCCGCGGACACAGCCAGCAUCCCUAUGAUCGGAAAAGUUCGUGUGGACUGGCGCUUUGCGCAGGAUAUCAUGACUUACCAAACGGACUUUUACGUGGUCGAAAACAAUCAGUUUGACGUGUUGAUCGGUUUGCCCACGAUCGUGCGAUAUAAGCUUCUGCAACCAAGAUUCGCCAUCCCCAAGGUUAUGGCGCGCGAUCAUCUUGAGCGACAAAUAAUGCUGGAUACGCUCGACUCGUGAGGCUAUGCCCCCGACAACUCAAGUCGGCGGGCUGAGUUUAUGCGUGCAGUCCUGGAGGCCAUGUUUGUCUUGCGGGUUGUGCGUCUGGUCAACUUUCCAUUAUAUCGGGC